AAAAAAAAAAAAAAAAAACCACAAAAACACCAAACAAGAAAACCCCACAACCGUCAAAAUGCCCAGCAACAGCGGGAACCAAGGUUCAAACCCCUUGAACAACAUCUCGGACCAAUUCAACAAAGCCACUGGCAACGCCAAGGACACCUUAAACAACGCUACCGGCGGUCUCAGCGACAAGGCGAACAAUGCUACCUCCGGCGGGCAGAAUGUCUCGGAUAAGUUUGGUAAUGUGACCGGGAACUUGAGACAGCAGGCUAGGGAUUUUAUUGGGAACGUUACUGGGGGAAGCAAAUAGGUGGUUAGCUUAUAUACAACAUAUGAGAUGUGCAUAGGAGCAUUUGUGUUCUAUCUCACAAGAUACAAUAAUUGAAUACCUUCGGA